CCUGUUUCCUGCAAAUCUUGUUGCUGCAGCUUUCCGAACGUAUGCGACAGAAUAUAAGAUGCUGCUCAGAAACACUACCUCUGGAAAUGUCACGUGGGAAAAGAUCCCUGUCGGUACUGAGAUUGAAGGGAUGAAUAUCCUGGGACUGGUGCUGUUCGCUCUGAUUUUAGGAGUGGCGCUGAAAAAGCUUGGCCAGGAAGGGGAAGAUCUGAUUCGCUUCUUUAAUUCAUUCAAUGAGGCAACUAUGGUCUUGGUUUCCUGGAUUAUGUGGUAUGUACCUAUUGGCAUUAUGUUCCUUGUUGGGAGCAAGAUUGUGGAAAUGGAAGAUAUUGUGCUUCUGGUGACCAGUCUGGGAAAAUACAUCUUCGCCUCUAUUCUGGGCCACUUCAUCCAUGGAGGAAUCAUUCUGCCGCUUAUUUAUUUUGCAUCCACACGUCAAAAUCCGUAUCGUUUUCUCUUAGGACUUAUUACACCACUUGCCACUGCUUUUGCCACUUGCUCCAGCUCAGCCACUCUCCCAUCGAUGAUCAAGUGUAUUGAAGAGAACAAUGGAGUCGACAAGAGGAUCAGCAGGUUUAUCCUUCCUAUCGGAGCGACUGUAAACAUGGAUGGAGCUGCUAUUUUUCAGUGCAUGGCAGCUGUGUUUAUUGCUCAGCUGAACAAUGUCGACCUCAACCCUGGGCAAAUCUUCACAAUUCUUGUGACAGCUACCGCAUCCAGUGUGGGUGCAGCCGGGGUCCCAGCCGGAGGAGUCCUCACCAUCGCUAUCAUCUUGGAGGCCAUUGGACUUCCGACCAACGAUCUCUCCUUGAUAUUAGCGGUGGACUGGAUUGUGGACCGAACCACCACAGUUGUGAAUGUGGAAGGGGAUGCCCUAGGAGCGGGCAUCCUUAAUUACCUGAAUGAGAAAGAAAAGAAAGACAAAGAGCAGGAGCUAAAGGAAGUCAACGUAGAAGCAGUUGCUAACAGCAAGUCUGAAGGGGAAACAUCGCCUUUGGUAACCCACAAAAACCAAGUCUCCAACGCAACCAGUACAGCAGACCCUGAAUCCAAGGAAUCAGUAUUGUGAACUAGAGGCCGUUCGUCAACAUGCAUCCUAGAGGUGGACCGGGGACUUGUUAACGCACCUAGACAUUUGCAGUGCUAACAAGGGCUGGAUGGCUCUUGAAAGUUUUCAGUUCCAGUCUGUUUUGAAAUAUGCUGGCCUGGGGAAGGGGAGGGAGGUGGGGUGGGCAGAGAAGGGGUGUUGAGAAAGAACACUAGCUUUAUGAUAGUAUUUUGAUAAUUCAUCUGUAUACAUGUAUAUGUGUUCCAUGUGCACACACAUAUACAUGAAAACUGCCAUUGAGACUUUUGGUUUAACAAGACUUCUGUUAGUAAAUGCUCAUAUGGUUUGGAGAUGGGGAAGUAGACAAACCCAGUAUGUGCUUAUGGUGGGGAAAAAUUAGUAAGCUUAUUGUGCUGCUGUUCGAAUGGAGAUGCAGUCUAGAAACUCCAGAGUGGGUGAAAAUGUUGCUUAAAUUUAGUUUCUGGCCUGGAAACACUUACCGACCAUUACAGACACGAUAUGAAGCAACAUUUUUCUCCCACUCUCCUUCCCCUCCUGUUCUCCGAUCCCUUAAAAAUGUCAAAUAUAUCCUGAAAACUAGCC